AUGACGCAGCCACGCAGGCCGCUGCCUCCAAGGACGCAGCCGCGCCCGCCCGUGCCCCCGACCGUGGCCAGGGCAUCCGCCGCCUCUGCGCAGCCCGAGCAGACAGUCGCCCCCGCCAAGACUGGCCAGGGCCAGCUGCCGCAGCUGGGGCACGGCUGCCACGAGGCCCGCGACAUGGAUACCGCCACUAGGCCUGGCCCGUGCUGCCGCCAGGACAACGCAGAGCCCGACAUGCGCACUGAGGACCGAACUCUGAAUGUGAGGCCGAAGAUGACGUGGUCGAUCUUCUUCCAAAUCUUCAUCCUCGCGCUGCUCGGACCGGUGAUGGACCAAAAUUUCUACUACCUCGGGCUCAAGUACACAGGCCCGACGUUCGCAUGCGCGAUGAGUAACAUUCUGCCGGCCAUGACCUUCGUCAUGGCCAUGAUCUUCAGGAUGGAGAAGAUAGAGCUGGAGAAGGUUCGGUGCCAGGCGAAGAUCUUGGGGACCGUGGUGACGGUGGCCGGCGCGAUGCUGAUGACGUUGUACAAGGGCCCGCUUAUGGAGCUGGGCCGGACGAACAGGCACGGCGGUGCCAUCCCGGAGGCCCCCGCCGCCGUGGAUGCCAUUGCCAGGGAGUGGUUCUUGGGUUCCAUGUUCCUCAUCAUCGCCACCUUUGCCUGGUCCUCCCUCUUCAUCCUUCAGACCCACACCAUCAAGCAGUACUCCGCCCAGCUCUCCCUCACCACCCUCAUCUGCUUCGUCGGCACGCUUCAGGCCACCGUUGUCACCUUCGUCAUGGACCGCCGCCCCUCUAUCUGGGCCAUCGGCUUCGACAUGAACCUCCUCGCCGCCGCCUAUGCCGGGACCGUGACGUCGAGCCUUGCGUACUACGUGCAGGGGCUGGUGAUGCAGAAGAAAGGGCCGGUGUUCGCAUCGGCGUUCAACCCGCUGACAAUGAUCAUCGUGGCUGUCAUGGGCACGUUCAUCCUGUCCGAGAAGAUAUACCUCGGGGGCGUCUUAGGCGGCCUGGUGAUCGUGAUCGGGCUCUACGCCGUGCUAUGGGGCAAGCACAGGGAGACGCAGGACAAGGAGGCGGACGCAAAGACCACGCUGCCGGUGGCCUCAGCCAGCGCGACCGGAGACGACCACGACGACGACGAUGAUGCGGAGUGCAAGAAGAAUGUGGCUGGGGUGAGGUCAUUCUCCAACGGACAUGGAAGCGAAUCAGCUAGUGCAGUUGUUUGA